AUGGCGUUCGCUGUCAAGGCCCUUUUAUGGCUUGUUGCUUGUGCCUCAUUUACUUUGGUUGAUGCCUUCUGGCGUAUGAACUGUGCUAUCAUCCAGACGGGCAGAGUCGAUCCCAUUGUUAACCCCGGAGCUAUCGCCAGCCAUGCCCACAAGAUUGUUGGGCCCAGCAAUUUCGGCCUCAGCUCAACAUAUGACUCGCUUCUAGCAGCACCAUGUACAUCAUGCGAGGUACAAAAGGACAAGUCCGCGUACUGGACUCCACAGCUGUACUACAAGCAUACGAAUGGCUCUUUCCAAGAAGUUUUCGCCAGCGGAACUACGGUCUACUACCUCAGCCGUGGGGAUAACAGGAGAAACAUCGAACCCUUCCCGCCAGGUUUCCGCAUGUUGUCAGGCGACAAUGCAGCAAGACGUUAUGAUAACACAACUCGGACUUAUCUCAACGACCGACCGAUUGCCGACCGAGUCUCUUUUGCUUGUCUGGACAAAGACCCAAUGAAAGAACAGCCCUAUCUGUUCCGAACAGACUGCUCAAAUGGCCUGCGCGCUCAAAUCCACUUCCAGAGUUGCUGGGACGGUGUCAAUCUUUGGAAACCAGACCAAAGCCAUGUGGCUUACAUGUCAGGAAUAGACAACGGUCGAUGCCCUCCCACACAUCCACGUCAAUUCGCACAUAUCUUUUUAGAAGUCCUCUAUGGGGUCAAUGACAUCGAUAAAAGCAAAGGUGGGAUCUUCACCUUUGCCAACGGCGACGCGACUGGAUACGGCUUCCAUGGCGACUUCCAAAAUGGCUGGGACAUGGAUGUCCAGACCGCCGCCCUCAAACAAUGCAUGGAUGAUGGUUCCUCUGGGGGCAUCAGUGACUGUCCGCCUCUUGAAGCCUCGAGAGAUCCCUACUUCCCUUGGAAUUGCCCUGAGCGGCCGCCAGUCGUCAACGAAAACGCCAAAGGGAUGAUUGAUAAGUUACCAGGCUGCAAUCCGAUAACUGGAUAUCAAAAUGCAAGAGCUCCCAGCACCAACUGCCCAGCCAAUCUAAACACGAUUCCUCCUCAGUCUAAAGCUUCGAUCUUUAAUCCCACCCCAGGGACCAUGCUGGGCAAAUGGUCCUACCUCGGAUGCGCCAAGGAUGCUGGCGCUGACCCAGCGUUGACGGGAUCCAGAUUCAAUGACCUUAAGAUGACGAUUGAAGGCUGUCAGGCCUAUUGCACAGAUCAAAAAUAUCCCAUUGCAGGUCUGAAGUAUGGUCGUGAAUGUUGGUGUGGACGCAGCGUAUCAUCAACCAACCCGAUUCAGCCUCCAGCUUCAUGUGCUGCUACUGCACAGAUGAUCUGCGGUGGUAAUAGUACUCAGUAUUGUGGAGCCCCGAACCUGAUCACCUUGUGGAACAGCAGUGCUAUUGCAUCAACCCAGGCACCAACCACCACUGGCACUGGUUCAGGAACCGGGACUUCUACUACAUCUAAGCCCACUGCUGCGACUACUUCCUCCGCUCCUGCCAACAUUCCCACUGCUGGGGUCACAACCAUUGCAAACGGCCAAGCUCUAUACAUCGGCUGUUACACGGAGGUCAGCGGCGGCCGUGCACUGUCUGGUGUGUCGUUCUCCAAUACCACCGGCAUGACUAACGACCUCUGUGCUUCAUAUUGCAUGUCCCGGAACUAUGCCCUCUUCGGGACCGAAUACUCACAAGAGUGCUACUGCGCCUCCACUCUCGCAAGCCGCAGCACCUUCUCCCCUCAAUCCGACUGUUCCCUGCCGUGCAAAGGCGACCCCUCGCAAAGAUGUGGUGGCAACGCCCGUCUCUCCCUCUGGAACAACACAAACUACAUCGCACCCCGCAAUCCGCCCACGCCAAAUAACCAGUUCAGCUACAUCGGCUGUUUCACCGAGGGCAAAACCGGCAGAGCCUUAGGCGCCACCGCCAGGAAUACCGCUUAUUCGAAAUCAGACUUGACUGCCAUGACGGUCGAGGUGUGCGCGUCGAUUUGCUUCAACAAGGGCUACAACUGGAUGGGCGUCGAGUAUGGUCAGGAAUGCUAUUGCAAUCAGGAGGGCCCGAUCAAUGGUGCCGCGGUGGCGCCGAAUGGGAAUAGGGAGUGCAAUAUGGUGUGUAAGGGUGAUAACAAGGAGUUCUGUGGGGCUGGGUCGAGGUUGAAUGUUUAUAGAAGGAUUGGUUCGACGUCGACGAAUAAGCUGGUCAAUGGUGGAAGGGUGGCAAGGUUUGUAAGGAGUUAUCAGGCUUGA